AUGUUAUCCAACAUAUGGCGAAGACCAAAGCGACUUUCCUUUCGUUACUUGGCCCCUAUAGCACAUAGAAGCAUCGCUCAGACCAAAAAUUUGGUCACCAAGCCUGAAAAUAUUAGAAAUACUGAAGGUUCUGAAAAUAAUGACACUGUACAGCUGGAACUUCCAUGGUAUUUGCGGGACGAUGCUGCGUCGCCCCUAGCUGAAACUGCCCAAGUAGAGCUCCCAGAAGUUCCAGAGUCUGCUCCCAAAACCAUAAACUCGUUUCUAGAGCUAGUUGCAAAAGACUAUGGAUUCGAUAACCUUGUCUUCUUCGACAUGACCCAGUUGGAUAGCGACCACGACUAUAGCACCCACCAUCAGCCAGCAAAGUACAUCCUCAUCGCUUCUGGAAAGUCGGAAAAACACAUAAUGAAGGCUGCGAGUCAGCUAAGGAUCCACAUCAAGCACACAUACGACCAUCUUCCUUCAAUUGAAGGUAUGGUUACUGGUGGAACCAGUCCACGAGCCAGACGCCGUAUGCUCCGGCGCUCCAGAAAGGGCCCUAUGGCAACAGACAAUGAGUAUGGAAAAGCUGCAAAUAGCUGGGUGAUGUGUGAGACCGGAGUAGAUGGACUUUUCAUCCACAUGCUCACCGCCGAUCGCAGACAAGAGCUCAAUUUGGAGAGCUUAUGGUGUCGAGAGGAAGAUGCCUGGCGCUACGAGCAACAGCCUGCAAAAGCUGAAAACUCGGAUCACAUUUUUAGCGGAGUUCGUCGCUUCCAUACUAUGGGACCGUUCUAUAUGGCUACCAAGGGUAAGCCACUCCAAAAGUUGUUGAACAGCGACUCUUCCAUUCCCGGCGUCGAGCUCAAGGGCCUUAUAUCCGACUUUGAGAAAAGCGGUGACUCCACCUCAAAAUUCGAGUUUUACCGUAUAAUCCACUUACUUGACCCAAACCUCGUUCUGUUGAAGUCUCUCGCCAAUAUUCUUAUUUCAAGCAAGAUACCCAAAAUCGAGGCUGUGGUUGCCUACAUGAAAGUCUUGAUGGACUCACAAGAAAUAGCUGCUCCUGAACAGACCACAGCAGCUAUGAAUGAGCUGGUGGAUACUAGGCUCGAUUUUUUGCUGCAAUUCGUGUCUGAUAUCUAUGCAUAUAGUGGUGAGCAAAUCGAACUAGUUGGCCACCCAGAAUUGGUCCCACUUUUGUGGAACCUUACUGUUGUCAACCUUAAACCUCAUGUUAUUGGCUCCAGAACCAUCGAUGAAGCGAUCCACAAUGAAAUCGAAAAGGAACAUUUCGGUAACUAUCCCUCAGUUCAUAUUGCUUCGAACCGCAACCGUGAUAUCUACGAUUUGAUUUCCAGCUACAAUGAGGCUCAUUCGUUGACCCCAACCACCUCUUUCAAAGAGAUGGUGCUUUUCACUUAUGGAAACGCUGGCAAGUGGGACAAAUUCUGGAGCACAUUUGAGGUCUCCUUCAAUUUGCUAAACGACCAAGAACACCAGACUAUGACAAAGUGGUUGAGGUUGGUGGUGUAUUUGGAUCUCAGAAACGACCCAGUAGCCAUAAACACCUUUUUGAACAAGUAUUGGAGCCGGAGUUUUCCAUCGUCUGUCACUGACCUUGAAACGAGAAACUUUGAAUCUGAAAAAGAAAAAGACUUGUUCAAAACCACAAUUCAGAGCAUACUACAAAAGGUGGAAACGCCUACAUCUGCAGAGAUUCAAACUACUAUAGAUAGACUUUAG